CAGUGAUGAACUUAUUGCUAGGUUGGACUAAUCAAAUCGUGCGAGCCAAAUUACAAUUUCACCGCAGGUAGACUCUAAAACUAGGGUAGUUUCGUAAAUCAAUUUUCUACUACAAUACAAUUCGGCUUGGGGUUUUCUAUACUGCUAUAUACAUAGGGAAGAGAGAGAGAAAGAAGAGGAGAGAGAGAUACACUCGUCUCUCUCUGUGUUUGUUUUGGUGAUCUGUGUCUAGCCGAUCGUCGUUCAAAACAUCUUUGUUUAUUUUUAGUCAGUCAUCCCUCUCUAACUUUUACUUGCAUUCGUCGAUUUAUUUCAUUCUAUUUUAAUGCUAAAUCUAUUACUCUUUCUGUAGAAACUUUUGAUCGAUUCGAUAUUUGUUUAUUUGUUCUUUUGGGAAUAAUCGAUAGACUAACGGAUUUUUGAAGUAUAUAUACUAAUUAGGAUCCGUGUUGGAUCACUUUUGAUUUUUGCAAGUUUUUUGAUUUCCGUACAAGCAAACCCUAGUUUUAUUGCUACACCUACUAUGUCUCCGGUUCAUCGUAACGAUACAUCGGAUACUGGAACCGGCGCCGGUGGUCCCAAUAGUCCACAGCAGUCACGGCGAUCAUCAGCCGGGCGUGGCGUUUCCUCUCCUUGGAAGCAGGUUGUUCGCUGUGGCGAAUCAGAAUCUACCGUUGCGGUCCCUUCACCUCCUCCUCCGUGCGAGCAAGUCGUUCCCUCCUCUGAUUGUGAAGUGGCGAUAGCAGGCAGUGUGUCUUCGUUAGCAUCAUCUUCUGAUGCUGCUCAGGUUGAGCGUUCUGAUAAUGGAAGCGGCGACGGCACCAACAGCAACGGGGCUAAAAAACCGGCUUGGAAUAAACCCUCGAAUAAUGCGGUUGAUGUUAGUCCUGUUAUGGGUGCUGUCUCUUGGCCUGCUCUCUCUGAAUCCACUAAGGCUUCACCUAAAUUCCCUUCGUCUGAUGAAUCAGUUUCUGUAUCACAGGGCACUGGAAUGGCAUCAGCUUCUCAUAGGCAAGCUAAUACCAGCAAUGCGAACACUAAUACAAUGUUGAACCCUGUUGUACCCAGCCCCCAAAGGUCUAUGAAGCGCGGUGGUUGCAAUUCGAACCAUAAUAAUGCAUCAGCAAACGGUGUCUUUUCUCAGCAAAAGGAACAGGGUUUAGAGGUUGAAACAGUCCUUAAUAAUUCUGGAAAGUCAGGUAAUUCUGGUGCUGAAUCUUCUUCAAGGGAUAAUAGUCAUAGGGAUGGUGGACAAUGGGGAUCUCAAUCACAUGGUGGAAAUGACCACCAGCAUCAACGAAAUGCAAAUAGGAGAAGCAAUGCUGGUCCACACCCACGUGGAGAUGGCACGUAUCAUCAUGGUUAUGGGGGUAGGCGUGAUCAGGAACGGCGGAAUCCGGAUUGGAAACCUCACAGAAGUUGGGGGAAUAGGGAUUCACACAUGCAGCCGCAAAGAGGUCCACCUAGGCCAUUUAUGGAGGGCCCACCUCAUACGUCUCCACCUCCACCUUUUAUACCAACACCCAUGCCUGGGCAGCCCUAUCGAACUCCCAUGGUUUACUCUGAAGUUCCCCCUGUAUUUUAUUUUCCAGGUCCAUUCCCUGAUUCAUUCAGAGUGCCUAUGCUUGCUCCUGUGUCACCUAUCUUCCUUCAUGUUCCAGAUACCCAGUUGCAUACUAGAAUAGUGAACCAGAUAGAUUAUUAUUUCAGUAAUGAGAAUUUAAUUAAGGACACAUUCUUGCGACAGAACAUGGAUGAAUAUGGAUGGGUUCCAGUUACGCUAAUAGCAGGCUUCAAGAAAGUAAUGGAGUUGACAGAUAAUAUACAACUGAUACUGAAUGCUGUGAGGUCCUCUACUGUUGUAGAAGUGCAGGGUGAAAAGUUGAGGCGGAGAGAUGACUGGGUUCAUUGGCUCAUACCACCAUCAAUGCAGAAUUCAACCAUCUCAAGUCCUCAAUCUCCUCAAAACUCUAAUCCUGAUUUACUUGUAGAAAAUCCCCAACGUGUUGUAUUUGAUUAUAAGACUGUAAGUCAUGGAAAUGCUGGAGCACAUCUUAGUAUAUCAUCAUCUACUGAAGUAAGUACUCCAUCUAAGCAGUUUGGCAAUGAGAUGGCUGGACAAGCUGGUGCUCAGCAUUCACAGCCAAUGCCAGUUGGAAAUCCAAGUUAAAGGAGUUAACUGUUCUGUUGUGGAGUGAAGAGUGAAGCCCAGGGGUUGGUAGCUAUUGUGCUUCUUCAACCAAUCAAUGAAUCUAGUCCUUACUGUUGCUGGUGUGGCAAUGAAGUCUCAUGAAGGAAAUAGACAGGGAAUAAAAGAGAACAAACAAAAUUGGGAAUAGAAUUAUAAUGUGUCUUUUAAGCAAGCUGACAGCUUGAUUUUGUUGGGAUGUAUAUUUUGUUUUGCUGGGGAUAAGAGUAUUUUCUGUUCCUUUUAUGAUAUAUGUUCCUGUCAUGGUUAUUUAUUAUACAGCUCCGGGGAUUUUUGGUUCUACUUCCCCAUGCAGCCCCUCAGCUUUAUCCUUUCAAACCAGAAUCUUUGGUGCUGCAUCACGUAUCUUUGAAGGAGGUAAAGCCUGCUGAAAGGUAUGAAGUUGCUGGCAUCUGAAAAGCCAGGGAGAAUGGUCUUGCUGGAUUUCCACUGCUGUGAAGACUCUUGUGGGCACUUGAUUAUCUUGUUAUUGUCUUUCUGUUUGUUUCAAACGUAGCACCAUCGACUCUUUUUAAUGUUUAUAUUUAUACCUGUUUUUAAGAAAGGCAUUUGUUGCCCUUAGAGAACUUAAUAAGCAUCUUUAUGCUUGGUUGUGAUAUUUUUCUUUUGGUGAUAUCAUAUAAUGUAGUUGUUAUAA